AGUAUGGCGAGCAGAGUCGUCGUAAACCAGAAAGGUUUGUCGGUCUUGUCAAAUAUAUGUAGCUCAAAAGAGAAGAAGAAAGGAUGGUUACUUGGAUUUCAAAAAAGUAACCAUUAUGAAGUUGUUGCAUGUGCAACUUGCCAGGAUGACUGGAACAUAGAAGAUGUCAAGCAAUAUUUACCAGGAGGUAUCUAUAUUGUUGGUGCAUUUUACUCUGGUGCAGUUGCUGUAGAUACUAACAGUAUUGUCAAAGAUUUGGGCAAUUUUGGACUGGAAAAGAUUCUUGAAGGAGAUUUCGUUGUAUGUGCAGUUGGAGUGACAUGUGACUCAGUUGCUGAGGAAAACUUUUAUUUGUGGACAGAUGGACAGACCCUAACCAUACCAGUGGUCAGCAUAUCACAUGAUCUCAGUCUAGACAAUCUCCUUAUCAUUAGGAUUCAGUGUCCUAUUCCUCUGAGUUUUGAACUUGUUACUAAUGCUGAUAUAUGGAAAUCAAAUCUUCAAAAGGAAAUACAUCAAUUGUGCAAUGCCGCAAGGUCUAGAAAUGUUCUGUACCAUCUUAAAAACAGUGAUAUCCUCAUUGGACAAGAUCAGCUGUGUGGUGUGGCCCGAGAUUCUUCAUGUUCCGACCUGCACAGCCAUAUAAAAAGUGAUGAUGGAUUUGGUACAAGUGGCAGAAAGUCAAAAAAGGACCAACUGUCUACACUACAGUUCUCUAUGUACCAUCAGAUCAAGAAAAAGCCUUCAUUUCAUGCUGUUCCAACGUGUUGUCCUGUCAUAAAACAUUCAUUAGGAAAUUACAAGAGUGUUGAGAUGACCCUUCCUGUAGAUGCUCUGGCAGUGGUUAGCAGGGACCUACCCAUCACAGAUCUCCAUGCCAUCCUUGGUAUGGCUGUGAGUCACCAGCUUUCUGCAAUGUCAACCUGCAUCAUCAGGGACACAGUUGCUAAAAGUGAGAAGUUCAGUAGACCUGUACCAUACCAUUUCCAGCCCGGUGGUCUACAGGCUAUAUUCUCUAUGGUCUACUUACAUAAUAUGCCAGAUGAACAAUUAGUUCAAAGACGGACAGAGGUUCACAGAAUGCUGGGUUUGCCAGAAAACCAGCCCAUGUUUAGGAGAAGCAAUGCUAUGAUGUUACAUGAGGAACGCUCUAGUUAUGGAUAUCUGAUCAACCCUCACACAAGUAUCACUAGUCCUGGAGUAAAUGGCGGAAGCCAGUACCUAGUGGAUGGCCUGUACAGUUACCACCAUUAUAUGCAGGACAGGUUUGAUGAUAACAAAUGGGGUUGUGCUUACCGCUCCCUACAGACAAUAAUGUCCUGGUUCAAACUGCAAGCCUACACAGAAAGGACAAUAGCUAGUCACAGAGAGAUACAGCAGGCACUGGUGGACGUUGGCGACAAGGACCCCAAAUUUGUAGGGUCGCGCCAGUGGAUUGGGUCAAUGGAGGUCAGCUACUGUCUGGACCAUCUUUUAGGGAUAACUUCAAAGAUCAUGUUUGUUAGUAGUGGUGCAGAACUUUCAACUAAAGGGAGAGAACUAUCACUUCACUUUCAGACACAAGGGACACCAGUAAUGAUAGGAGGUGGUGUGCUGGCUCAUACCAUCCUAGGAGUUGAUUUCAAUGAAGUGACAGGAGACCUCAAGUUCCUCAUCCUAGAUCCUCAUUAUACUGGGGCUGAAGAUCUCAAAGUCAUCCUUGAUAAGGGAUGGUGUGGCUGGAAAGGACCAGAUUUCUGGGACCAGCAUGCCCAUUACAACCUGUGUAUGCCUCAAAGGCCCCUAGUCAUCUGAUAACAGCAUCAAGUUACACAACCCAUGUGGUAAAAUACUCAACAUUUUUGCAGCUUAUUGCCUUUAAGGACGUUAUUUCUGUGGGACUUAAGGAAAAUUUAAAAUGGAUAUAAUUUAUCUAUAUUAAAAUGUUGAAAAGUUC